AUGUCACCCCAACCCCAGAGACUCUGGUCCCCUAGUCGUGGUGACGGUCACCCCAACCCCAGAGACUGUAAAGGUGGUGACGGUCACCUCAACCCCAAAGACUGUAAAGGUGGUGAUGUUCACCUCAACCCCAAAGACUGUAAAGGUGGUGACGGUCACCUCAACCCCAGAGACUGUAAAGGAGGUGACGGUCACCUCAACCCCAGAGACUGUAAAGGUGGUGACGGUCACCUCAACCCCAGAGACUGUAAAGGUGGUGACGGUCACCUCAACCCCAGAGACUGUAAAGGUGGUGACGGUCACCCCAACCCCAGAGACUGUAAAGGUGGUGACGGUCACCUCAACCCCAGAGACUGUAAAGGUGGUGACGGUCAUCCCAACCCCAGAGACUAUAAAGGUGGUGACGGUCACCUCAACCCCAGAGACUGUAAAGGUGGUGACGGUCAUCCCAACCCCAGAGACUGUAAAGGAGGUGACGGUCACCUCAACCCCAGAGACUGUAAAGGUGGUGACGGUCACCUCAACCCCAGAGACUGUAAAGGAGGUGACGGUCACCUCAACCCCAGAGACUGUAAAGGAGUCCUGAUGUUCAACCAGGGAGACCAGAGACCACAGUACAGAGACAUGGACCGUAUCGUCAACCAGAAGACUACUAGGGUCCAGGUACACACCCACUGGACUGGUACAGGGGACCUGGUCCACAACCAUAAGACACCUGGGAACCAUGGACCACAGUGCAGCGACAUGGAUCAUACUGUCAUCAUACAUGACCCUCCCCCCGACCUCGGAGACGUCCCUGGGGUCCUGGUGUACAGACAGAAGACUAAUGGAGAUCAGGGAGUCUCCCUACUGUACAGACAACCUGACCAUACUGUCACCAUACGAACUAACUCCCUGUCUCCUGUCCUCACCGCAUCUGUCAUCAAGACCAACCGGGUUGGGGUCACAGCCCUGAGCCCCAUGGGCCCCCUGAGCACCUCCAAAGACCCCAAACAGGACAGACGGGGGCUCAACGGACACCCUCCUCUACCCGGUCCAGGUAGAGAACUGAACCAUGUGGCCCCCCAGACCCCCCCAGAAAUGACCCCCUCCCUACCCCUGCACUUAUGGACUCAACUGUCUGACCCCACAGCCAUGGUCGGAUACAGUGUCCCCACUCUUAGGAUCCAGAAAUCUCCACUGUACCCCCGCCACAACGGACGGGUGGAGAGGCUCAGUAAGAGUCCGGCUCAACCAACCUACCCUGCCCACCCAGCACUGCCGGUCCUGCCCCACCUGGCCCAGCCACCCUACCCUACCCACCCUAACCACCCAACCCACCCUGCCCUGCCUCCCAGUGACUUGAAGACACCCCCCUACAGCAUGGAAUGAGGGGACAGCCUCACUGCCAUGGGGGCCUGGAACAUAUAAUACAAGGACAGAACUACACUGAUAGUAGUCUGAGAAGGAAAGCUUGCGGAGCCCUGACGUGGUGAAGAGAUGUCAGUCAGUGGUGGACACGGUCAGAGCUCGCCCUGAAGAGGGGGCUAUUUCCAAGGGAAAACGCUCCAGACAGACAGGAGGAGAAUUCCACAUGAAAGCCUGCGAUGCACAGGCCUUGAGACGCACAGUAUAAAGCAAGCACUUCAACAUACAUGAACGUGUAUGUGUGGUGUCUGGGGGGUUGGCAAAAACUCAAGACAGCAAAAACUGACUGUGUCACAUUCCUUACCUUUGUGUAUGAAAUAAAGAUAGCAGUGACCUAAUAAUUGGUAUUAAUAUUGAUUUGACAUGUUUUAUGUUCUGUUCUGGCACCGAUGCGUAUUUCCAUUCUCCUUAGCUGUCUCUAUUCCAUGGUAUUCCGUGUCUAAAUGGCCUUUUCUGCACCUGAAAUUACAAGUUAUUCCCUAAAUAGUGCACUAUGUUUUGAUCAGAGCCCUAUGGGUCCUGAUCAACAGUAGUAGUGGACUAAAUUUGUCCUUUGGAACCCUGUCUUUAUGAUAUGGAACAAACUACUGCAUGUCGGAAUCGUCUGCAGGUAGGCCUGCUACCCUCUCUGUCUCUCUGUUUAUUAAAAAUUGUGGCUCUUCUCUCCCAGAGCCCCUACAGAUAGGAUGAGACACCCCUCUGUCUAUGGCUGCAUUUACACAGGCAGCACAAUUAUGUUACUUUUUCCACUAACUGUUAUUUUUGACCAAUCACAUCAGAUCUUUUCACAUCAAAUAUAUUUUUCUGAGUUGAUCUGAUUGGUCAAAACACCAAUUUGUGAAGAAGAAAAAAAAAAGAUACGAAUUGGGCUGCCUGUGUAAUCGCAGCCCUGUUUCAUCUCUCACCACAGAACAGCUCUGUUUCUCCUCUCUCCUCUCUUGUUGACGUCAAGCCCAGUUUCCUCCCGUCACUCCCGUCUCCUCCACCCUCACUGCAGAACAGCUCUCUUUCUCCUCCUCAAGCCCGGUUGACUGAUAACCAAUGUACUGAGUCUGUACCACUACAAGCUGUUAGACAGACUUUAUCACGGUGAUAUGUAAUUCCGGACGGAUUCUUGCUUAAACGCCAAUAAUUCCGAUACACAUGAAAACAUGAAAUGAGCCAGGGAAUCGGUAGAACAUCACUCAAGAGAUGCACAAAAAAACAAACAGUAUAACGUUCAAAAUGGGGGGGGGGGACCUUUCUUUAAGCUAAAUCUGAAUAAAAUGUUUGAAAUCUUCCAAUUACUAAGAAACCGUCUCUCAUCGUAUUCAUUGGUUACGCCUGUUUGGGAAUGAACAUGCUCUCAUAUUUCAAAGUUGUUUGACUGUUCUACUUUUCUAAUGUUUUUUGGGGGAGAUUUUCCCCCACUAACGUAUGAUUAGAUGACAGGCCAGACAGGCUCAGUUCAUUAGGUGAAGACAGGCCAGACAGGCUCAGUUCAUUAGGUGAAGACAGGCCAGACAGGCUCAGUUCAUUAGGUGAAGACAGGCCAGACAGGCUCAGU